GCCUGUUCUCGUAGCGAAACGCUGUGUUAUUUACUCCUCCCUCACGCUGCUGCAAUGGGAAGAUAUGCGUACUCGGAAGACGACGCCUAUGGAGCAUCGAGAAUUGCUGCAGACCUCCUGAAGUGCAGCACGCUUGCUGUGCUUCUAGCUUUUGGCACGUACACGACAGCACAGAACAACUACCCAAUAAUCCGUCAUGGUCCUUUAUACACACUUCUCGAUGUCACCCAAAUGGUACUACUUCUACUGACGGCGUCCCUUGGAGCUGCGAGAGGAGCUUUGACGCUGCUAGCGACGGACAUGGACAAUGUGACCGCAGCGACGAUGAUGGCAGUCACGGGCAAUUUUGCGCUGGCAUUGUCAUGCGUAAUUCUGUUGCUGCUCGUGUGGAAACGAUGGAGACGAUGCCUGCCGCCACCGGGAUUCGCAUGCGCCUUACUUGGUUAUAUGACGGCAGCUACAGUUCUGGACACACAUCAAGACAUGGAAACUAUCCUAACACGAAAGGAAAUCCAACUUGAGGAUGACUUUUUCAAAGAAGCAAACGUAGUUAUCAGCGUCCUACUUGUCGCCUGGACAUCAGGGAAUUUCAUUGUCGCCGGCGUGCGUGAUUUGGUGAUGUCAAGGUCGAGCCUAUCGCACAUUUCUCUCAGUCAUAUCGACGAAGAUAAUAUGCCCCCAUUUGGGAAAAUGGCGUGCGUCGCUUUGUUUCCACUCCUUGGGGAAGCAACAAGAAAAAUCAAAUCUACGACGUCGCGUUUCCCUCGACUUCGAAGGGCGGUGCGUUGCAAGCCUCUUGGUUCAUAGGUUUACCGCUAGGUUGACCAGAGGACCGAAGCCUGCUGCUCCCAAGACGUCGUUCGUAGCAAGCCUCGUCCGCGUUCUGUGGGUCGACAUUCUGCGCGCGUUGCUUUGCACCGUGGCUUACUUCGGCUGCAUCUAUGCCAGGAUUCCAGCCCUAGAACUACUGAUAAACACCUGCGGCAAAGCUGAUCUCACGAACGCCUCACUUCUCUUCAUGGCUACCUGUGCGGCCGAGUGGCUAAUCUCUUCCUACCACAUGGAAAUCCUCGCUGUAUUCGGCUGCCGUGUACGAGCGCUGUUGCAAGCCAUGGUUUUUCGCAAGGCAACGCUGGUCUCACCUGGUGCCGCCCAGCCGACAGGGUACGUGGCCUCCCUGAUAGGCGUCGACUGCAUGGAGUUGUGCAACAGCUGGUACGCGAUGCCUGUUACCCUGUGCGGCACGGCGACACUGCCCCUGCUGUUCUGGAUGUUGGCGCAGAGAGCUGGUGUGGGCGCCGCCCUCUGCUGCGCUGCCUGGGUCGCACUCACCCUGGCCAUGCCGCUGCUCUCGGCGCCGCUGCAAAAGCGCUUCUGGGGAAAAGAAAUUAGAGCUCGAGACGAGAGGUUAAAGUAUAUAACCGAUCUCCUGCAAACCAUUCGCGUCGUGAAAAUGUAUGCCUGGGAGGACGCUCUUCAGCAAAAUGUGCUUCGUUCGAGAGAAGAGGAACUGAAGUGGCUUCUGAUUGCCAACACGCUGGACGGCAUUCUGGACUCUCUGUACAGUUCCUGCAGUUCUGUGCUGAUGAUAAUCCUUUUUUCAACAAUGUCUAUCUUUGAGCCUGAACUUGUUCUCAACCCAGCGCUCUCGUUCUCCUGUGUAUCCUUGUUGUACAUCACGGAUUUGACAACGAACAAUGCCGCUGAGUUCUUUAGGGGCAUCAGUAGGUCUUCUCUCGCUUUGAAUCGCAUUGCUGCAUUUUGCACAGCUGAUGAAUCUGCGGAGCAAAGGGAACUCUUCGUUGACAGCUUGCAAAAAAAAGGGACAGUAAAGCUCAAGAACUGCUCUUUUACGUGGAGUAACAUUGAUAAAGCAACCGACGACCAGCUUCAGCUGAGGGAUAUCUCAGUGGAUGUUGAACCAGGCUCACUUAUCGGCAUUGUCGGCUUCGUUGGAAGUGGAAAGUCAUCCCUGCUCUCUGCCAUUCUGCGGGACAUGAAAAGGGUCGAGGGAACUAUUACUACCUCCGGUUGUAUGGCCUACGUACCGCAAUUGCCCAACGUUCACAACAUGACUAUACGGGACAACAUUCUUUACGGAAAGGAAAUGCGCCUGGAUAUCUAUCACCAGGUCUUGCAGAAAUGUCAAUUGCUAAGCGACUUGAGCAGCAUGCCUGCUGGUGAUAUGACGGAAGUGGGAGAAAAGGGAACAAAUCUGAGCGGAGGGCAAAAGCAGCGUAUCUCGAUUGCACGUGCCGUGUACAGCCAGAGUGAUGUUUACCUGCUGGAUGACCCGCUAAGCGCUCUUGACUCUACUGUGGCCAACAGCAUAUUCCGCGAAGUGCUGGGCCCAUACGGAAUCCUGAAGACUAAGACGCGCAUAAUGGUGUGUAAUCAAGCGGCAUACCUUAGGCACAUGGAUAAGAUUGUAUUAGUGAAGAAAGGCUCUGCACAAGUGUACAACUCCAUCGAAGACCUGUUAGAGGAUCCUGACUCGCCCCAAAACUUUAAACUCGUUUUGAAGAAGUCCUUGGCUGCCGAUGCCACCAACAGCAUGGAUCGAGAUCGUGGCGAAGAGAACACCUCCUCCGGACGCAUUACGCAAGACGAAUCAGCUGUGUCGACAAAGUCUGGCUGGGAGCUUCUCGGAGCCCUGAUCCGCUAUUCCGAAUGGCCUGCCUUAGCGGGAGUGAGUGUGCUGGCAGCGGCAGCAGUAACAUCCGGCUUCCAGCAGCUGUGGAUCAAGGCGUGGACGGAUGCGUCAACUGCGGAUCCCGAAGCGGUGGCCAUAUCGAGGCACAUGUGGAUUGGUGGUCUCGUUGGCCUCUGCGUCCUGGAUGUGGGAUUCCGCUUGGCAGGUGGUGCGCUCCUGGCGGCCACAGCACGCAGACUGUCCCACUCGCUCCACCGCGCCAUGCUAGUUGGCGUACUGCGGAGUCCCGUAUCCUUCUUCGAUGCGUGCCCGCGGGGACGUCUCCUUAACCGUUUCACGAGCGACCUGGACAACGUGGACGCCGAGUGCUUCGUUAGCGGCAAGCAGUCCGUGCAGGGGGUGCUGUUCACUGCCGCCAAAGUGGCUAUUGUGGCCACACAGACGCCACUCGUGGUGGCCGUCACAGCGGUUUUGGGGGCACUUGCAUCUUAUGGAAUCACCCUGGCUACGCGAGCAUCCCAUACUUCUCGCUUUUUCGAGAGCGUGGCUACGUCCCGGCUGUUCCAGCACAUGACGGAGACGCUAGACGCCUUGAGUAGCGUUCGUGCUUACGGAGUUGUAGAGCGCUUCCGGUGUCACUUCUACCGGCUGACGGACACCGUCAUUCGCGGUUACUCGGCCUACUGCGGCUGCUACCGCUUUACGCGCACGAUAUCGGCUACCGGAGCGUUCAUGGUUCUCCUGGCAGCGUUGCUACUCAGCAUCAUAGGCUCGGCUCCGCCAGAUCCAAGCAGCCUUGGCCUCACAAUGAGCGCCGCAGCUUCGGUGCCACUGGCGUUGAUGACAUUGUGCGUGAUGACGUUCACGACGCUUCAAAUGAUGGUAUCAUUCGAGCGCUGCUUGGAGUAUGCAGAAUUAGAACCCGAGGCUGACAACGUCACAACGCCUGAAAAUUUUGCUAAAUUGGCUGGCUCAGAAAUUUCUGAUGCAUGGCCGUUACGUGGAAAGCUUGAGUUCCGGGGCUACUCAGGAGUGUACAGAGCCGGUGUAUCUCCUAACGUGCUAAACAACAUCACAUUUUCCGUGCAUCCUAUGGAAAAGGUGGGUAUUGUCGGUCGAACAGGAGCGGGGAAGUCAUCCCUCGUGCUCGCUCUGCUGCGGAUGCUCACAACUUCUCAAGGGCGUAUUCUCAUCGAUGACGUCGAUAUCUCCCAUGUGCCACUGAAGAGGCUCCGCAGCGCAAUAACAGUAAUACCGCAGGAUCCGAGCUUGGUGCGGGGCACUCUGAGAGUCAACCUAGACCCAACAGGGUCGCACUCAGACGAGGAACUGUGGGAGGCGCUGCACCAGGCCCACUUGGCUUCCAUGGCUACCCGUCACCCAGCCGGUUUGCAGAUGGAGACUGCAGAUGGAGGCACUAAUUUAAGCGUGGGCCAGCGGCAGCUCGUGUGCCUCGCACGCGCUCUUUUGCGGCGAUCCAAGAUCCUUCUGCUCGACGAGGCAACAUCGCAGAUGGACGGCGACACGGACAAGCUCAUACAGAGGACGCUGAGGGAGGCCUUCAAAAAGUGCACCGUGCUAGCUAUCGCUCAUCGCAUACACACCGUGCUAGACUAUGACAGAAUACUCGUUUUAGAGGAUGGCAGAGUCAAAGAGUAUGGCACUCCUGCUGCUUUGUUCUCCGAUUGCAACUCUGCUUUUUCCAAGAUGGCCACGGAUGCAGGAAUCACCACCUCCCUGCCCGUCAAGACCGGUGUUUCUACACAUCUGUAAUCUCUCGUGGGAAAUAUAUG